AUGCCCACAGAUUUCAAUGGAUACUGGAAAAUGAUUAGCAAUGAAAACUUUGAGGACUAUCUGAAAGCCUUGGAUGUAAACAUUGCAAUUAGGAAAAUCGCUUCUCUGCUAAAACCUGACAAAGAGAUCAUUCAGCAUGGGGAUCACAUGAUCAUUAAAACCCUCAGCACAUUUAAAAAUUACAUCAUGGAUUUUGAAGUUGGAAAGGAGUUUGAAGAGGAUUUGACUGGAGUGGAUGAUCGCAAAUGCAUGACGACAGUAACCUGGGAUGGAGACAAACUUCUGUGCAUGCAAAAAGGCGAGAAACAAGGAAGAGGCUGGACCCAGUGGGUGGAAGGAGACGAGAUGCACCUGGAAAUAAGAGUGUGUGGAGUGAAGUGCAAACAAGUCUUCAAAAAGGUCCAAUAGCAGCAGAGCAAUGGGAAAGUACAACGUGUACAGCAUGUGGAUGUUUGGUCGUCAGCCUUUCUGGAUACUGUCUACUCCACUCUGCUAUUUUCUGCAAGAAAACAACUGUCCCUGGACCAGUGAAAGCAUCUUUCAGUUAUCUCCAAUCUCAUUUGUGUCUCUAGCUUAUGCUCGGUUCUUAAGUGUUGUGAAUUUUAACAGAGAAAUGGUGUAAAGUAUAGCUUCCGACACAAUUUGUGGUAAAUAUAGAUGCCAUCUUUUCUUACAUUAGUUUCUAAAAUGCAGAGUGUCUGAAUAAAAGGAAG